AUGGCCAAGGAAUUCCUUUUUAACUGGAAGCCGGCGAUUCCCUCUCUCCUUCUCCAGGGCUCCGUUUUCGACCGCUAUGAUGAUGUUUGAAUUUAUCAAUCUUAUGUCAGCAAUCACUAAUCGGAAAAAAAAAUAAGAUAUUUAAAUAAAACGUAAACGUUUGAAAAAUGUCAGUUUUUGACGCGGAACCUUUCCUGAACCUGCAAAAUUUGAAGAGCAAAAUGUCGAGAACGAAAUAUUGUGUUAAAAAAAUUGGAUUUUUUUAAUUAUCGGUGAACAAAAGCAGUCGAUAUCAUAAGAAAUAAAGUAAGCGUAUUAUUUCAUUUAAAAAAAGUGCAUAUUAGAUCAAAUCAGAUUUUUGAAAGCUGUCGUAUACUUCAAUUAUCACUUUUACUAAAAAUAAUUUUAUUCAAGGAAAGUACAUGCCUCGAACUUAAUGCACACGUGCGUGUAGACGAGUAUGGAUUUUUCAUUUUCUGGGUCAUCGAGGGGAAAGAUGCGGUCGUGCUCGAUAUGGGACAGGUUUGGACGCUCAUUCAAAAAAGAAUUAUUGGAAUAUUGGAGAAAGAUAUUUGAGAGAACACGAAGAAUUCUACAGACUUUUAGGUUUUUUUUUUUUCAAAAUAGCAUCAAAUUAAGGUGUGGGAAGCAAGGCCAGCCGGUUUACCUAAAGACGGCAGAGUUCUGUUCGAGUUGGAGCAACGCGGGGCUCGUGAGACAAUCGAAGAACGAACUCUGUGGAUUACUCACGGACAAGACCUCGUCAAUAUCCAGAGUUUUUACCUCGUUGCUGAGACUGUUGAAGUGGCGAAAGUACAAAAAAAAAGCGAAAGUAAUUUUUAAAUCAUUUUUUUUUUCAGACAUGGCGUAAUGGGAUCAACGACAUAUUGAGCAAUUCUCGAAUUCGGCACGUUUGUCCCACCACCAACCUGCUCAAAUAGUAAGCAAUGGGUACAACAUUUCUGAAAUGACUAUUAAUGAAAUGUUUGGGUAAUCUUCAUUCAGAGCCAAUCGUAAAUAUACCACCCCCUCAUGAAUCGCGCAUUUCCAGACAUUAGAAUUAAUUUAAGGGUAUUCUGUCAGCGCACGAUUGUUAAGUGUUUAGGAAGACCUUACUGUGCAAAAGACUCGGACCGCCGGAAAAGAUACGAAAAAUUGUUUUCUUAUCUCUCAUUUUCCUUUUAUAGCGUUCAAUCUUUUUGAAACACUCUAAAGUUGCGUUUUUUUCUACCGCGGACUGAAUCCCCUCCCGAGAGUUACAAAUAGUAGCCCCUCCAGGAAGGUUUCAGAAAGAUUAAACUAUAUACAAGAAAAUCGUGCUCAAAAAGCGUUUUCCGUCUAUUUUCUGACGCAGCAGUAUAUACGGAAGAGCAAAAAAUCGCAAAACAGGUCACGUCAAAAGUUUUGGACACCCCUCCAAAAAGCUGAUUUUUCAAGGAUUUCUUUUUCUGAUUUUUUGAAAACUCGGAAAAAAAUUUACUUUUCAAUAUUCAUAUUGGUACAUAAAUAUUCGUUAAACUAGUUGAAACCCUCACAAAAAAUGGCGCAGAGAAAUUAUUUCGCGAAAAGUAGUUCAAGUUUUGAGGCUUUGUACCUAGAUGUUUAUUUACGAAAUUUCGCAAGAUAUUAGCUACACUAUCACUGCUCAAAACUUUGUCUGUGGGUUCUGUGAUUAUGAAGACUGAACGAGUGAUGAACGAAAUAUUAACUUUUUCUUGCAAAAUUUAAGUUUAAUGGAAAAACAAGGUAACAUGGUCGAAAAAAAGUUUCUUCUUAGACGCUCAAUGUUGGUCUCUCGAAAUCAUGUUUACGGAAGCAAAUUUCAGCUGGAAAUGGUUAACGCUGAACGUGAACGAACGAAGAAGAAUCCCCAUGAAGCUGAUCAUCAAAACUUUCUCGUCGGGGAAGCCUGAGAAAAUGGUUCAAAAGUGCCUUUGCGACUUGGGCCUCGGCGGCGACAAGGUGAUUUUCAGAAACAAAAUUGAUUAGGCAUGAUUUGGAAUGUCGUGGCAUGUUUCGAAGUGGACCUCUUAGUCUCCAUCUGAACGGAACUCGUAACGAUUUGAAAAAAUGUAGGUAAAUGGAGGUUUUUGUGGCAUUUCAUCGCUGUUUUUUGUAAUCACGCUCGUUUUCUCUAAUUUUGGAUCGUGUUAGGAAUUUUUUUCAUUUGUUGAACUACAACGAGUUUGAGAAGAAACAUUUUAUAGUCAUUUUUCGCUUGGAAUCCCAAUACCGAAAUAGGAUAAAUCAGGAAAAUCUGCUCCGUCUCUCAAUUUUAUUCAACUUUUGAAGCCCAUAUUCAUUUGAAACAUGAGGUAAAACUGAAAAGCUCCUCAAAAACUUUCAAAAGAACUUAAAAAAUAUUUUCUUUCAUUUCACUUUUGCUUUUCCGCAUCGUAUAAAAAAAACCAGAAGAUUCCAAAAAGAACCCGCUGAGGCUAACAGUAAGGAGCUCAAAAGCAUUUUCAAACAACUUCAGGAGCUUUCAUAGGAGCCAUAGGAGGACAUGUUCCGUUUCACCUUUGAAUGUGCCGAGCGUUACGAUUUAUUAUUUUUUUUUAAUCAAGAAUUUUCAUUAAUUUCUUUUCUUCUCUUCGUUGUGAGUAUCGUGCUUGUCAUAUUGUAGUACACGGUGCCACGUGCGAUAAACCGCUCGAUGGGUCGCAAAAUCCGCAACUUCUACAAGUGCAGCCGCAGCCGACGACGAAAGGUGUGUCUUCAGAUGAGAUCGACGUCGCAACUCUCUAAAUUUGUUUCGGGAACUUCCCCUCAUCGCACAACUCAAAAAAUGAUUUCCGAUCGUGCCAUGGAGUAAAAUAAUUACUUUUUGAUUAACAAUCUUUUUAGGGUUACUGUAAAAGGAGUGAUUUCAAAACGAAAAACGUUUCCAAAAGGAGAUUUACUUUUUUUCCAAAAAAACUAUCGCAUGUUAGAUUUUUGGUUUCGUGUACAAAUUAUUCUCAGCCCUAUAGUGCAGUGCUUUCACAGGGAAUUUUUCGUUCACUUUCCAAAUAUACCUCAAGCUACCGAAAUUAUUCAUUCAGGAGCGUGAAGAGUUGGAAGUUGAAAUGCUGACGUUUGACAAGUUUCUGCGAUUAUACAACAAGAUUUGCCCGAGGACCGAAGUUCAGGAACUGUUUGUGAAGCUGUCAGUUUCUCGAUUUUUCUUUUCAGUGAACCCUAUUUUAGUCUUCGAAAAAUACAUUUGCAAACCUUUGCCCUAUGUACUGUCCAUCGUCUGCUAUAGCUAUUCGUUUUUUUCUUUUAUAGAAGCGGACAAAAAGAGUAUUUGACGAGGGACCGACUCAUAAACUUUCUGAACGAAGAGCAACGUGAUCCGCGUCUCAACGAGAUCCUUUUCCCCUUUUUCGAUGUCUCCCGCACCCAACAGCUCAUCACUAAGUACGAAAGUGACAACAACUACAUUGAAAAUGGUUCGUUUUCUUUUUCUUUUCUUGGAAUAUGUCUUCUAACAAUUUAUUCGAUUCUAAUAAAGAUUGGAAAAAUAAAAUGCUUCUUUUGAAAAUCGGGAAAUUACUAAGGCUUCCAAUUUGAAGGAAAAAUGUCGGGCGACGCGUUUCUCCGAUUUCUGAUGUCCGACGAGAAUCCCCCAGUGUUUUUGGAUAGAAUCGAACUUUAUCAGGAUAUGGAUCAACCCUUGUGUCAUUACUACAUUAACAGGUUUUAGUCCAUUCGCGUCAUCCAUUCACAACAGGAAGAUCAUUUUACUAUGCGGUUGGGAGUUCCCUGAAAACUGGCUAGAUAUUUUUUGGAUGUUCCAUUAGAAGAUCAGAAAAGUUUCAACUACAAAACAUUGAGAGAAGACGUCUAAAAGUUGAAGAGAACUCUCAAAGUCCGUUAUCACCGACAAUUUUUGAGCUUUGAGCCCUUUUUUCUCGAAAAUAAGGAAGUUUCGCAGGUCGAACCUUUUGAAAUCUUCUUCUGGCACGUUAAGAAGUGUUCUGGCCGUUUUCCAAGAAAAUCCAAGCCUCAAAGUAAAAUGACCUUCCUAGUGAGUAGUUGAAUCAGGAUGAAAGAAAGUCUUGACCGAAAGUUUUCAUCAUUUUUCAGCUCUCACAAUACGUAUCUGACAGGACGACAGUACGGCGGAAAAUCAUCCUCGGAAAUAUAUCGUCAAGUGAGAGCGAAAUUUCGCCUUUCAAAGCUCUUUUUGAGGUUUUAUUGAGUGGCUGCCGGUGCAUUGAACUCGACUGUUGGGAUGGAACUGGUGAGAACAAAGGCGAGCCGAUUAUCACCCACGGCAAGGCCAUGUGCACCGACGUCUUUUUUAAAGUCAGCACUUCCCAGUAAUUGAAAAAAUUUUUUGCAACACGAUAUAGUUAGAUAAAACGGAAAAAUAAUUUGAAAAUCCACAAAGUAUCAUGAGAGGGAUCUAAAGAAGGUUCUUUUAAAUGCUCCAAAAUUUAUGUGAAAAGGCUUUCGAGCUCUUUUUUCAUAGUCUCAGCGAAAUCUUUUUGAAUCCUUUUGAUCUUUUGAGUUACAUUACAGCAUUUUUGUUGAAGGAUGUGAAAAAGAUGAAAAAAAAAAAUCAAAUACAAAAGAUUUGCUGAGGACCCUUGAAAGGUCUUUUCUUGAGAAAAGCUUUGGAGAAGCUUUUCGGUUUUGCCUGAGUAUCAACCAUGAUAACGUAGAACAAACAAACAAAAACACCCCUAAAAAUUGUUUUCCGUCCGCUAGGAAAGAAAUGCGUUAUUCCGAUUGUGAGGUUUUGUGAAAAUGAAAUGAGUAAACACAAUACUAUGAGAAAAUGAAGAUGUGAAUUAAAUUAACGCGCGGCUUUUAUGAGUUUCAAGUAUUUUUGACCGCUCAGGACUAGGAGAGCAUGUUUUCAGUUAUAUCGCAAGAGGUUCAAAAAAGUUCGAUGUGUUAGAUAAAUUUGCAGCGGCUUUCAAAGCAAUUUGGAUGGUGGUAUGAAAAAAAAACCAGCGAAAAUUUAAACGGCGACUUUUCCGAUUUUUUCAUAUCGCUAGGGAACUUUCUGACGGCCACAUUUCCGUCGAACUUUUUUUCCCAAUUUUUUAUCGAUGAACUCUUCGUUUUAAAUCUUCCUAUAUAAAGUAGGUAGUUGGUUCAUGAUUAAAACACAAAGAAAUAGGAAAAAAAAAUGUUUAUAGAUGUUUUAUAAACCGAAAAAUAUAUGGGAAAAAAGUCGGAAAGUUCCCUAGCGAUAUGAAAAAAUCGCAAAAGUCGCCGUUUGAAUUUUCGCUGGUGUUUUUUUCAUACCACCAUUUGGAUAGUAGGGGGUCGCGAAAGGGUUAGUCUUAGCGCACGUUCCCGAUGGUUGUGAGCCUUUUUAGGGAUCAAAUCAUUCCCCGGAACUUAAAAGUGGUUUAACAACUAAUUAUUCAUAGUUCUUAGCUGAAGAUCAAAUUAUUUGGGUAAAUUACAAUGUAUCUCGUUUUCAGGACGUUCUCUACCAAAUCAGAGAUACGGCUUUUGCGCGCUCCGAUCUGCCAGUUAUACUCUCGUUCGAAAACCAUUGCAGCAAAGCGAAUCAGUACAAAAUGGCCAAGUACUGUAUGGAAAUCUUUGGCGACAUGCUCUUGUCCAAAAGCUACGAAGAGCACCCGGUAAGGAAGGAGGCAACUCGCUUCUGAAAACAUGAAAACCUCGACUUUAACCGAUUUUUAUUUGAAGCUGUGUCUGAGAUAACGUUUGAAAAUUCGGAGAAGAAAAAGGCUGUUCGAGGAAUACUUCCGAGAAUGAAAGAACUAACGUUCCAAGGGUGAAAAAACGCAAAAAAAAAAAUUGUUUCUGUGGUUUUUUUCUGAAUGUAAAAUUUUGAAAGUAUUGAGAAAUAUGAAAACACGAAAGGAAAACCCAGAGAUAGUUUUCACUGUGAAAAAUGAUUCUGUCUUUUUGCAAAUUAUCAUUUUUUUUUUUAACUUUAAGUUUUGUCUUUACACUUUUUUCUUUGGAAAAAGGAUGACAAAGACAAGUUCAGCUUGACGCCGGAUGCGUGCUGCCGUCCCCGAACCGUCUUCGGCGGAAAAUAUUGAUCAAGAAUAAACGAUUAAAAGCGGACAUCGAGAAACAUCAGCUUGAACAGUUUCUCCGAGAGGGAAAGCUCGACGAGGAAGACGAGGUGAUCGAAACGCCCGAAGUUGUCGGCGAGGAGGCCAUUUCUCUUCGUAAGUUUUUUUUUAGGUACUUCAAUCAAUCAAUUUUUUUUGACUCUUUGAAAAUUUCUAUCAAUUUUUUAUCCUUUCUGAACAUGUCUAUCCGCUUUUUUUUUGGAAAUUUUAAAUUUAUACAGAUCUUCUAACAAUUGCUGGAAAAUCAUCAGAAAGAUCUUAUGUAAUAGUUUAAUAAAAAAGAUUUUGAGCAAAUGAAAUCUAGAAAAGUGUUUGGGUGGAUUUGCAGCAGGCGAUCAACGCGCUCACCCAGAAGCUGAACCUUCGAGUCUGAUGACGUCAACAUCGUCUGGAGUGCCGUCGGCGACGCCACUGUCUUCCACAAACUCGAUAUCGCUCGCCUCAGUCAACACGGCUACCUGCGGUGGCAUUGCCCCAGCAGGAACUUCUACGACAAACGCCAAGGCUUCAACGCCCGUUGGUGCGCGUUUUUCUUUCAUCUUCAUUGAAUAUAACUGCCUAGUCUUGAACACAAAGCAGCAUUUUUGAUCGUCAAUGUACCGCAAGCAACCUUGUUUUUCACACGUUAGUAUAGAAAACUUUGAAGAUGCUAUGUCGCGUUGAGAAAAAUGCAAGCCUUCACGAAAUACCAGUCAAGGAAAACGAUUUCAUUCGUUUCACUAAUCCUUUUUGUUUUACUUUCGACUUCAAUGCGAAUCAUUUUUUGGGUUUAAGGUAGCGAAUGUCCACCGAAGGAAUCUGACGAGGCUCACCCUGAGCUGAAGCAAAAUUUCAUCGCGAAGAACUUCAAGACGUUCGGUUUCACAACGAAAAAAGAGAGAGACAAGGACAAGGUAUGUUUUAUUCUUUCAAUCACGGGAGACAAAAACUGAACCAAACAAGAGAGUAAAUUAGUAAACUAUGAAGGAUUUUGCUUUGGCUGAAUACAUCUUGUUACAAAAUUGGGCUGUUUGUUUUGAAUUCUCAUGCUACAUAAGUUGAACUAACAAAUAAUUGAUAAUCUUUGAUUUCUCAGUUAAAAAAAAUUAACCACUCUUAUACACCAAAUCUAUCAUUCAUCUUCACACUUUAAUUCCUAGAAUAUCGAAGAGUUCAAUGCGUCACACAACUUUGAGAAUUGUAUACGAUUUGUUGAACUUUUUUCGAAUAUCUGAAGCUUUCAGCCUUUUUUCAAAGAUUGGUUUUUUUUUUCUGUGAAAGCGCAUACAUCUACAUCGGAGUGUUGCAUGUUUGUGUAUUCAUACGGAUGUUAAACAAUGUUGAUUUCAAAAGAGCGAAAAAAAACUUUUUGGAAUGACUUUCUCAGUAGUGGUAACGUGGUAUCUGUUGGAAAACCGCACUUUUGAAAGAAUGGAGAUGCUUCGCGCGUGCUUUCCUUGCUUCAAGUUGCAGUGAUAAUUUAUCAAUUAAAUUUGUACCCCGAUAAGAGCUCUUUUUUGGCAAAGAUCGGAAUUUAUUUUUGAGAAAUUUCGAUUUUAAUCAGAAUCGAGGAUUUUUUUUGAACAUAUAAAUUCAGUGAAAAACAGAAUUAUUUUUCUCCAAAAGGCGUUGCUGAUUGAAGUCGAUUUGAGUUUUCAUGUCGUUAAGGAUCUGCUAGGCUCGAGAGUUUUCCCUAGCCAAAAUUACUUAUUGAUAACUUUAAAUCAAUUCACAUUCAGAAUUAUUAUCAUUUCUAAAAAGAAUACUGAUAAAAUUGACAUCAACCAUGUGUCAACAGAUAUCUUCUUGUAAAAAUUUAGAUUCUUUUUUUCUCAGUUUUUAAGAAUAAAUGUUUGUUUGCCGCUUUCAGAAUGAUUCUAUUUUUGUUUUUUUUUACAGUGGAAAAAUAUUUGGAUGUAUAUUCAUGGUUCGUUUUUCAUUGAAAAUUCAUUGGCAGAAGUUUGCUCGGAAAUUUGGCGUGUGGUUGAAAAAAAAGCUUGUCAACGUUAAAAGUGGCGCCCUAGAGAAGAAAAGUCUCUUCAGUACAUUGGCUGGACCUCACCCCAGACUUUUGCAAGCGAAAAAAAAAAGUUUAAAAUGUACAAAAAUAGGCCGCACCCCGGGGUGAGAUUCAGCCAACGUAUGCUUUUCUGAAAAGAAUUUUUUUAAAGUUUUAAAAUUGAAACUUGAAAUGAUUGUAAAUAAAAAGGAUCGCUUAAUGCUCGAAAAUGAAGCUAAGGAUGAAGACAUGGGGUUCAUGGGAUUAAUGUAUUGCUCCUGGGACAGCUGAACGUCCUUAACAACAACCUGGGGCCGAUGAUGGAGCGGUCGCGGAGCGAGAAACGAUCUUUCCGGCUGCGACCCAACCGCUUCGGUGACGAUCCGCACUCGGACUCUGCGGCACUGGUCGACUUCACGCGUACUACUUCGCGCAAGAAAAAGGUGCUAUUUCCCCACAACCCACUGCGAUUUUAUCCCUCGAAUGAUUGGUUUGGUGUUGUCUUGUGUUUGAAAAUUACGGAAGUUUUGACCUAUCAAAGAACAUGAAACUUUUCGUCAGUUUCGAAGUGGGCUUUUUCAUAAGAUUUAAACUUAAUUUUGAACUUAAAAAAUGAUUAAUUUAGAAAAGCCUUUUUUCGAAAAGCUCAAUAGUUCAGCUUGAACCAAUCCAUAAAAAAAAACGGGGAGUGUAGUCAAUCUUAUCCAAUUUCAGUCAAUAUUAUCACAUGGAAUAACGUAAGAUAAGAUUAUGUUGGUUAGGGAGCAUAUUUCGAUGUUUCGCCCCCAGGAGCGAACAUGCUUUAAUCUAACUUAUAAGUAACUAAUCUGAAUAAAAUGGAGAUAGGUUAACUCUCAUCGUACAUUAACCGUGCGACACAGUCCAUGAUACUGGGUGCGAAUAUUCCGGAAUUAAUCGUGAAAAAUCACACUUAAAAAAAAAUGAAUGUAAGAUGCAUGAUUUCUUUGUUUCAUGGAGUUUGUUGGUUCUUGUUUGUCUACUUGUUUUGUUUUGUGUUCUGAUAAAUUGCGGUUUCAACUGUUUGUCAUGAACUUCAUCAACUUUUUAAAUGUAUUUUUUAUUUUUGUUCUUGCCUUUGAAACUUUCCUUUUUCUUCAGUCUCCCACUUUUUUAUGACAGAAGUUUUAUAAUUUUUUCCUUUUCUCCAUUUAUUUUUUUCCAACUCUAUCCUGCUUUUUUUUACCUCUGCUUUUGAACCAAUUGACCAAACGUUUUUGUUAGUGCAGUCACAAGUAGCUUUUGUAUUCGGGACGUAGUUUUUUUUUUUUGGGAAAAUAAUUUUCAAAUACUUUUCAGUCUCAGCUGGCCGAUAAUUACCUUGCAUUGCAGGCGGCGCUGACAAAGGAAGAUGAAGAACGAAUUUACGCAGAAUAUCACUAUACGGGAGCCACCACCAACAUACAUCCGUUACUCUCUUCGCUCAUUAAUUACACGCAUCCUGUCAAAUUUUCGGGUUUCGACGUUGCAGAAGGUAGUGCAGUUUCCGAGGUUAUAGGGAAAUGGGCAGAGAAAAAUCGAUGAACUAAUCAAAGAUACCAACUCGGGAAUAGUCCCAGCGGGUGCUGUUCCGAGUGAAAGGGUAAGUUUACAUGGUAUUCGGCGAGUUCCUGGUGAAAAACGUGGGAAAUAGUGGCUGUCAAUAUGGUGGUCGGAGGCUAUUAGGAUGCUCAGAAACUCAUGUUUCCAUUGUGAGGAGCUUACUUUUCAGAAAAGGCCACACAGCGGUUUUUUAUAAUUUUUUAAUCCACUAGCUACCCACUGUCUGUUAUCAUCAUUUAAAAAAAAAUAAAUUUGAAAAAAUUUUGUCUGUUAACCCCCAUAGGCAGAGAAAAACUUUCAAAGAUGUUUAGGAAGAGUCCUGUAGUUGCCUGGACCUUCCUCUCUCACCAAGUUAGCCUGGCGCAGUGACUGGAGGGCCAGUCUCAUGAUUGCCUUUUUUGAGUAGAUUCGAUUCCUUUUGAACGCAGACCUUUUUUGCAUUUUUUUCAAAGAAUACAAAAUUUUAAAACGUCUUAGAAAUGAUGAUAUCUCUAUUCUCUUGUUUCAUUUGGUUCUCGAAAAAUCGAACGAGUAAAUAAAAGUCGUUUUCAAAGAGUGGAAAACUGAGAGAGGAAGGUUCAAGGCACGUACAACUCUCCCCGGACAUUUUUGAGAAGUUUUUUCUCAAAAGUCCAUCGGAUUUAGCAUAUAACUUUUUUUUCAUUAGGUAUUUAAUUAUUUUUAGUUAUGAAAACCACUGGAAAGGCUAGAGGGAAACAUUAAAUAUCGAUGGGUAUUCAAUUAUUUUUAGGCAUUAAUGGGGAUAUGUAUACGUUUGCACAACAAGAGCCGCCUAAGCUCCAAUGAAGAAGAAUUUGCAGCAAAUAACCUUCACUUCCACAUGUCCUCUUUCUCCGAAUCAACCGGUCUCGGUUAUUUGAAACAAUCGGCGCCAGAGUUUGUCAAUUACAACAAGCGACAAUUGAGCCGGAUUUAUCCGAAAGGCGCUAGAGUCGAUUCUAGCAACUUCUUACCUCAGGUCAUCCCUACGGACGCCCGCCUCUUGACUUUGUUUCAUUUCAGAUUUUUUGGAACGCUGGAUGUCAAAUGGUAUCGUUGAAUUUUCAAACUCCUGAUGUCUAUAUGCAACUGAAUAUGGGAAAAUUUGAAUACAACGGCAGUUCUGGGUUAGUAUGUUUUUCUUGUGCAUUUUCUUUAUGUAUAUAUAUAUAUAUAUAUAUAUAUAUGUAUAUAUAUAUAUAUAUAUAUUUUGGCUUGCGAAUUUUGCAUUAUGUUAAUAAUUUAGUUUCCUACUGAAACCGGACUUUCUACGGCGGCCAGACAGGACUUUCGAUCCGUUCUCGGAGUCCCCGGUUGAUGGUGUGAUCGCGGCCCACUGCAGCAUACGAGUGAUUUCCGGGCAAUUUUUGUGCGACCGAAAGAUCGGUACCUACGUCGAGGUGGAGAUGUACGGGCUGCCGACAGACACGAUUCGAAAGGAGCACAAGACGAAGGUCGUGCCGGCCAACGGCCUCAACCCCGUCUACAACGAAGAUCCGUUCGUGUUCCGGAAAGUCGUGUUGCCCGAGCUGGCCGUCCUCCGGUUCGCCGUCUACGAUGAGAACGGCAAGCAGUUGGGCCAGCGCAUCUUGCCGCUGGAUGGACUGCAGGCCGGUUAUCGGCACAUCUCCCUCCGAUCGGACACAAAUCAAAGUUUCAUCCUCACGCCGGUUCUCUUCGUCCAUAUCGUCAUCAAAACUUAUGUCCCCGAUGAACUCAGCGGUGAGCGAGCCUCAGUCCAUCUGAAUUUAUCUUUAUCAUAAUGAAAGUCAAUUUACUUAGUGGUCGGGAGCUCCCUAUAAAUUGGAAUACUCUUUGAUGUAGUUCAUGAAUAAUUUGAAAGUCUAAGGCUGCAAAACUUCCUGUUUUUCGAGAAAACUGGUCCUAUAUUCAAGAAAACUAUCAAAAUUCGCUAAAAUGGUCAUUUUGAGUUUUUGCGCCCUCAUUUCUCGGAAAAUGAGCAGUUUUGCAGGUUGACACUUACAAAAAACGUAAUCUGACUGAAUUUCAGUAAUUUCUGAACCAAAAAAAGAAUCCUUGAAAGAAUAUAGAAUCAGUUUGGUGCGUUGACUUGUAUUCUCUCAAAAUAUCCCAUCGAAAAUCCAUUGAAUGUGGCCACACGCAAGAUGAACCGCGGUAUGACGGCGAGAGUCUGACAUUCGUUCUGUUCCACCGUCAGACUGACGAAACAUCCGAUAAAAAAUAGUUUAAAAAAUUUAGUUGCGCGAUUCAUUGAAAGGCGACAAAAAAAAAAACAUAUCCAUCAAAGAAUUAAAAAAACAAAAAAAUUCUGAAAAAAUGCCAUUUCGAAAAAUGAAGACGCCGAAAAAUUUCGAUGAUUCCGCAAUGUCGCACUGAUGUCGCGCCAGAGGUUUGGUGUAGUGCUGCGAGUCGGGAUCUAGACUUUAUCUUGUCGCUAUAUCGCAAUAGCGGCUCAUCUAGCGUGCCACCUUUUCGUCUUUUCAGCCGUACUGUCAGAUUCAACUAAUACAGUAGAAUGUUCACAGGCCUCGUUGAUGCUUUGGCUGAUCCACGUGCCUAUCUAUCCGAGCAGAAAAAGCGGCAGGAGGCUUUGGCGCACAUGGGUGUCGACGACAGCGAUAUCGUUGAAGUGCCGAGUGCCAACAUGAAAACCACGGCCGCAAGGAGCAUCAAGCCGGCGCCAGGACAAAACGGAUCCUCCGCGGAUCUCCUCUCGUUUGCCUUUCCGAAAAGAAGUAGAGCACAUGGUCUGAUUAACAGGAACAGCUCCGUGCCGCCUUCGGCGAGGAGCGAGCCAAAUGUGCCGACCUCGAGCGCUCGUCUCAAUACCGAUCCGAUUGGAGCAACGGCGAGCGUCGACAAGUUCAAAGUAAGAAACGAAAUGAUCAAUUAUUCAAAUCAGUAACAAGAAAAAUAUUUUUUUCCAGUGCUUCAUAGGCAAGAGAGUUCCUUGCAGCCUAACUUUGAUGGCGUAAUGGAGUUUUAAGUAAGCAAACUAGUAUAUUUUACACGGAUUUGCGAACUUUGUUGGCUGGAAGGGAAAAAUAGAAAGGUUCCCUUUUUGCGAAGUUACGCUGCGUGAAGUUUCUUGUAUAUGGCUUAAUGACUCUGGUUGGAAGAAAAUGCGAAAAAAAGAUUAGAGGUUUUUCUCUCCAAGAAACGUGCUUUCGAAGAAGAAAUUUGAAAUAAAAUUUUAAAAAAAUAAUCUUCUCAUUUAAAAAAAUAUGGAAUUGAAAAAAAGUAAUCGAAAAAAAUAUUUUUUUCUGAAGUCCAGUUAAAAAGAAGCGUUGUUAAAUUCAACCAAUUUUUUUAGCUUCAUUUUAACAGUAAGUAAAUAUGAUCACAAUAGAUAACACGGUCUAGGUUGCUUUAUCACCGACGGAGGAUCUCUUCAGGCUUUACGGCAAUGGGGAUAAAUUAUUGUAGUAUAACGUGGAACAGAAAAGUUUUGGUUAGUUGCCGAACGGCAAUCACAGCAUAUUUAUUACUUCCGCUCGUACAAUCAACUUCUGUGGUUCUGAAUGCGUUUGAAUCAGGCGAUGGCGUCGUCUUUUACACGAACGCUGACAAGGCGGUCACGGCCCGCCAGCUCGAAUUUUUCUCUGAGUGCUGAGCCGCGCGACUCGGACGCCAACCGCAAGCGGAGUGCUGACAGCCGCGUCAAUUUCUCUCCGGCGAACUCGCAGGCCCCUCGGCGCUCCGUUUGCGGCCCCAGUGGUCAGAACGAACGACUCCAGGUCUCUCAGGAAUGCGAACCGUUGUUGACACCUCCCUCCCCCCUCCCCCCUUCCUUCUCCCUCUGGAAUGAAUGCGAUAGCCACCAAUCCAAAGUUUAUUCAAAAUUAGGCCUGGGAUGAUAGUAAAGAACUCCCGGCGUUUUUCGGAGUUGUCUGGCGUAUGACUCUCAGCAUGAAAAAUCAAUCAGGAAAUUAUAUAUCUUAAUCUUUUCUGCUAUGCUGUCGAAAAUAACGGUAAGAAAAUCAGAAACUGUUGAUGACCUUGUAAAGGAAAGAUUUAGCCGCCAGGAAAAACUUUAAUGAGCGUCCGGAUUUCAAUAGUUUUCACAUUAGAUCUAUUAAUAAAAAACGGCAGCUCUUUUUUUCAAAAAUACUUUUCUGUAUGAAAAGCAUGGUUCAUUCAUAAUUUUAAUGAAUUCUCCAGUUAUUUUUCCAAAAAAAUUUUUCAUCACUUUUUUUCAAAUGCGCAAAUGCAAGAUAAAUAUUUUUUUCGAGAAAAAGUUUUUCAAAUUAAUAAAUUCUCUGGUUUUCUAUUCCAAAUAAUUUUAAUUUGCGAAAGUUUUUCUUGCUUUUUUUCUCAUGAAUCGAUCUGAAGGCUUUGAAGAAUUCCUCACAAAAAAAUAAAAAUUUUUAACUUUCUUCACAUCAGUUGGUCUCCAAUUCACUUCAUUCCCCAUAGAACAGUACAAUUUUUUCCUGUUAGUAUUCGAAAAAAAGCUUUUCAUAUUUUUUUAUCAUUGCAUCCAAAACUUUUUAAUUUUUUUUUACUCAUUUUAAACUUUCAGGUUGAUCCGAUCGAUAUUGAUGAUUUGAAACGAGACAAGUCGUUCACAAAACUCUUGAAAAAGUUUCAAAAAGACAUCGAGGAACUCAAAAAGAAGCAACAAAAGCAGCGAGACAGCAUCCAAAAGCAACAGGUUUGCAAUUAGUGGCUUAGAAAAAUCGGAGGAAGGUUUAUAAGUUGUAUUUAAACGAAAGUUCCCUAUGAGCUAACAUGGACUAUAAUUAAUUCUUGUUUAAAGUUUUUCGACGUGCGUGUCAAAAAAGGUUUUUCACUUGCUUGAAAGCGCGAGCCGAAAAGCAGGGAAACGUAAAAGAUUCGCACAACGUGAAUGGUUGUGUAGAAAAAAAUUUUUUAAAGAAAAUUUUUUCAAGGAUCCCAUUGUUUGAAGGGGAAUUCUAACGGUCUUCUUUCCUUGGGUAGUUCUAUCAUAAAAAUAAUAUUGGACAUUCGCCAAAAAGGCGGAUCCGUCCAAUCACUUUUUUGGAAUUCGCCGCGUUUCGGCUCGAGCGUUUGAACAAAAAAGUUUUUCGCUGCGCGCAUCAAAUUAUCUUUGAACGUGGCAUAACUCUCGAAUAUCGAAAACUUCUAAGACUUUUUGGAGCUAACAUGGGUAAAUAAGCCACUUUUUCAAAUUGAGAAUAGCGGAAUUAUCUAGAAAAUUAUCUGAUGAUUUGCAAACUAAAUAAUUUUAGAAUUGAGUAAAUUCAGGUUCAAAGCAGCUUUCAUGACUGAGUUUAGUAAUAUAAGAAUUUUUUUCUUUUUUUAAAAAUUUCAUCACUAAACUGCUUUCGAAGUGACCGGCAUGAAAAUCGAAUGAAAAUAGGUAAAUUCAUCAAAUUCUUAGAGGUCAUUAAAAUUAACAUAAGCUUUUCGUUCCGUCAAAUCAACACCGCCCUUUUUAUAGCCAGAAUUUAACCCCCGCUCUUCUCGUCGGUCCUCGUCCAUUGCUUGGAUUGUAAGUCGCUGAAGAGAGAAAGUACUUGUUGAAAAUAACCUAUUGCUCAACACUUACAGCCUCCACUUAACUGUCAAGACGUUACUCAUACCGACUAAUACCUGGAAAAACACGCUAAUGCUUUUUUUGUCCCGUUCCGUCCGGCUUUUUGUUCUUCCUCCUAUUAAACAGGGAAAAAAGAAACAGUUUUCAAAUGGAUUUUUCAGUCUCUUUGAAAAGCAGUCAAAGUCAGGAAUUUGGUCUGUGCUGCUGAAGUUAUCUAACUAUUGUUUUGUUGUCAUAGAAUUGGGUCUAUCACAGAAAAACCGAGAUUAACCGGAGUUUUUUAAUGAACGCUAGAGAAAAAUUGAAACACCUCUUGUAGAAGGUCUUUCAAAGAUCCCAUUGUUUAUAGGGGAAUUCAAACCGUCUUCUUUCUCUCGGUAGUUCUAUCAUAAACCUGAUGCGAUGCACCGCAAAACAGCCUCGCAUUCGCCAAUUUUAGCAAACGAACGUCGACAAGCUUAUCACCCACAACAGGAGGUCGACGAAAAAGGAGAAAGGCUCUCGAAAGUCUCUGACGGCGUCGGUGAGUGGCGGUGGCAGCGCGGCAACUUCGACGCCUCCGCCCGCCGUCGGCUCCUCUGAUGGCACCUGCACGCCCGUCGCAACGUCCUCUUCCUCGCCGGUUCCUGACCUCAUCAACAACGAUCGCGUUCGUUUCUCGCUCUAUAACCUCUUCCCGGCUGGUCUGGGACACGAAAGCACGCUGAAUGUCUGAACGUCUCCACCAAAAAUAACGCGUUCGAAAGUACUUGGUUUUUUAAAAAUCGUGGAUAUACCUUGUCUUCUUGGCUCAAGCCAGCCGUGAGUUAAUUAGGAUUUCAUCAGUUUCCUCGGGAUGAAGUUCCAAUCUGAUUCUACCCAAUUUAUGGUCGCUUCCCUCUGUUUUCAAUCCCUAUGUUUUCUUUUAUUACGGGACAGAAAAAAUGAGAGGGAUUGGGCAAAUAAAAAAACAUAGGAUAUAUAUAUAUAUAUAUAUAAACCCCAAGUGAGAAAAAAAAAUUCCAGGUUCGCUCACUGGUCAACAGUCAGACGGACGAAUGGUCGGCGAUGAUGCGAAGACACGACAUGGAGGAGUUUGAACUACGAAAAUCCCACAUCAAAGAGCAAUUUGAUUUGUUGAGGUUUUAGUUUGUUCGCCUUCUAUUUUUACCAGAUUUUGAAUAUGUUUGGUCAGAAGCUUAAAAAAAUGUGAUUUUAAGAAAGCUGAUGUCCGAAGCGCAAAAAAAUCAAAUGCAAGCUCUGAAGCUUCGAUUGGAGGCGGAGGGAAAAGAUCUGAAGCAGACUCAAACGAAGAAAAGUAUGGAAGAUGCCAAGGUCAUCCAAAUGGUGAGGCUUUUUCUGGAUUUUUAAAAUACUUUUUCUUUUGAAGGACAAGGGGAUCAAGACGAAAGCUGAGAGAGAUCGUCGGGUCAAAGAACUCAAUGAGAAAAAUUUGAAGAUGUUUGUGGAGGAGCGAAAACGACUGGCUAUCAAGUUGGUUUUAAUAUUCAUUGUUUUGGAUUGAUUUUGCUUAUCAGAACUUUUUUUUGGGUUGCUGAUUUUCUUUGUAUUUUUCUCUCUCUAGGCAUUAGCUUGUUUGACUUUUUCUCUACUCACCGCACUAACUAGAGAUCUUUUUUUAGUCCUCCGUUGAGCUUUCAACAAAACUUUUCUGAAAUGUACUUGAGAGCCUCUUGAACAUACAUGGGAUACUCUCGGUGAGACCUGAAAAAGGAGAUGCGAUUUGGCAAAAAAAAAACAAAAAAAAAGGAGGAGGGGGGCUUGACAAAAACCGUAAAACAAAUUUUCAGGGCGCGCUAGACGGCGCUACUCCGAUCUUAUAUUGAAAAAAAAAAUUCAUUUCUUGGGCUUGGCUGUCGUCAGCUAUGCUCAUCCCAUGUAUGCUCCUGGAUUGAGAACAAAAAAAUUUCUUGCAGUUGGUUUUUGAUUUAUGAAGCUUCAAAGUUUGAGAAAGACGCAAAAUUUGAUAUAAAACGACUAUUUCGAGCUUUUGAAGCGUCUUAACCCGAAAACUAAAUCUAUUGCUAGAAAUCUAUUUCUUUUUCUGGAAUCAGGAGGUCUUGUUCAGCAAAAUUUCAUCGAAAGUACAACGGGGGGCUCAAAACAUUCUUGAGUAGGCUAAAUAUUAAUUUGUGUUCGGUUUUUGAGAAAGACACUUUCCAGGUUUUCCUUAAAGCAUAUAUUGUUUUCGAAACUAUUUUGGCAUUUUGAAGUUUAAAAUCGACGAUUUCAUUGGUUUUUUUGAUUUUUUUCUUUGCAGGGCUCAAAAGCAUGAAGAGCAGCUGGCGAAGCGGCACCUCGAUCAAGUCGAACAGUUGGAUCGGGAAGCUGGUCGAGCUCUCGAGCAAGAAGAAUCCAACUUCCGCGAAGACCUGCUCGCGGCACAGCCCACAUCUGUUGUUUAA